CACGAGCCUGCGUUCAAAGGGGGGGGGGGGGUAACGGUGACUUGGAGCCAGCUCCACCUGGUAACAGUACUGUUUCGAAACGAAACACGCAAUUAGAAGCUCCGUCAGGUUAGCAGACCGAAAUCGGUCAGAGUGAAGUAAACUAAUUUCUUGACGCUAUCCCAGUCGCUCAUCAGGCCAGUGGAGGCGAGACCCAGCAAGAAUGUUUUCAAUAGAGUGUGGAAGACAACGGCAGGCAAGUACUUGGUGUUGGGCAAGUGGAUAGAGGUCAAACUAUACCGUACCAGAACUAUACGGCUGACACCAGGGUCUCACCAGAGGUCCCACUAAACGAAUAUCAUCGACUGCCAACACUUGGAGAGGUGGUUACUCCAAUUCAUGAAUCGGCGGUGGUACAUAUAUCGGAGUGCACUAACAAUGGUGGAUGGGUUUUUACCGAAGAAACAAGCAACCCACCCAAUGGUAGUGCCAUCACCACUAGGGGAGGGACGUCAAACUCAGACGGAGUAAUGCCGCUAUCAUCUCCAGCUCCUCGUGCUAGUCGUGGACCUGCAGUGUUUGUACCAUCCCUUUACGUUAAUACGCCCGUGGCGUUAUCUCCGUCUCGUGAAAGCUGGAUGAAGGGAAAGGUCUACAAAAAAGUUGGAACAUCAUAUAUUGUCGGCCGCAUCUGCACUACCGUUAAGUCAAAAAAAAAAAAAAAGGGGACAAGAAUAGGCAAACCAAUAGUGCAUCAAACCAGCGAACACCACUCCUCUUCCAAGUGCGUUGGAUUGAUUCGCAGUUUCAGUCU